AUGGCAAUUGAGACGGUCACAAUCAUCAAUAACUCGGGGAAGAUCAUAACCAACGGAAAGCACAUAUUCGGUCUGUUCAAGGAAGCAAAGGCAUCCUAUCAGGAGAAGAAGGCGUCCGUCAAGGCUGAGCGCGCCCUCAAGCGCAGCAAUACGUACGACGUUGCCGCGGUGCCACAGUAUUACGAUGAGGUCGAAUACAUAAGACCGGCCCCCGGGCGACGGGUGUCGCACGACGAUGUCGCCUCCCACACAUCCUCCCGCAGGAGCCACCGCUCGAGGCAUACCAGGACGAACAGGAGUCGAUCGCGGUCGCGGUCACGGUCGCGGUCGCGAUCGAGGGCGGGAACGGCCCUGACAUCGUCGAACUUGAAGACGCUCACGGAAGUCUCCUCGGUUGCGCCUUCAAAGGCCCCUACGAAGGCUCCCACCCAGGCUCCCACCCAGGCUUCUGCCGCCUACAGAUCUCCCUAUGCAGAAACAGCACCUUACGACUCGGCUCUGGUGAGUCGGCCGACCCUGCAUCAUUACCCAACCAUGCCGGCGCAGUAUGUUCAGUACCCGCCCGCGCCGACAGCGCCCAUCAGCUACGAGAUGGUCCGCUCGAUGUCUGAUCCCUCGCUCAAAAAGAAGAAGGAAAAAGAAAUCGACAUGAACCUGGCAUACGGUAACAUCCCACCGGAUCUCGAGUCCCGCGUCGACCUCGAUCCGGCCUACAAGGCAGCCAUGAAGGAGCAGCAGGCUCACACAUUGAUGGAGCGGAUCGAAGGUCUACUUACCGAGGCGCACUGCAUGCACCACACCGCGAACCAUAUGAUCGACCACCUCAAGACAAAGCCGGAUGCCGCAGCUGCUGUUGCCCUGACUUUGGCCGAGCUCUCGACUCUGCUGAAGAAGAUGUCGCCUUCCUUCCUUGGCGCGAUCAAGGCUGGCAGCCCCGCCGUCUUUGCUCUUCUGGCGAGCCCCCAGUUCUUGAUCGCGGCCGGUUUGACCGUCGGCGUCACCGUUGUCAUGUUUGGCGGCUGGAAGAUCGUGAAGCGGAUACAGGCCCAGAAGGAGGCCCAGGCGCCCAUGGCUUUUGAGACGCAGCAGGCCCCGUCGAUGCACUACCCUGUUGGGGACCUGCCCAUGGGCCGCGAACGGGUGCUGCCAUAUCCUCCAUCUGAACAAAGCUUCGAUGAGGCACUGGUAAUGGAUGAACGCCUCGAGGAGGAACUGAGCACGAUUGAGACAUGGCGCCGCGGCAUUGCGCCUUACGGGGCUGAUGAGCUUUGUGACGAUGAGAGUGUAGACCUUGAGCUCAUCACGCCAGAUGCCAUGCGCAGCCAGUAUGACCUCGCUGAUGACGCCCGCACCGUCCGCAGCUCGCGUACCACCAGGACUACCAAGACAACCAAGUCAUCCAAGAGCCACAAGUCUUCGCACUCGCAUAAGAGCAGCAGGAGCCACGCUGUGGACGGGAUGGAUAUCCCUGACAGGAAGAGCAGCAGUCGCAGUGUCAAAGACAACGAGAGCGUUGCCGGCAGUGAGCGCAGUCAUCGAAGCCACAAGAGCACCGCUUCAAAGCGUUCGGAUCGGACCGAGAAAUCCUCCAAACGCGACCCUAAGCUGCUCGAGGAUGGAAGCAAGGACAAGGAAAACACCAUUGAUAUGGUGAUUCGUGGAAAGGGCAAGGAUAGCAUGUUGAAGAACAUGUUCAAGAGGAAGAAGGAGAAGGAGGGCAAGUCUAGCCGGUUGGAGAGCGUUCUGGCUUAAACAUUGUUGGAGACAGUCUUGUAUGCAAUUAUCUUUGGUGUUGACGGUCUGCAUUGGGUUUUGGUGUUGCAUUGGGUCGAGAUGAUAGAUGAUGCAUGAUGAUUGUACGGCUCAUGACUAUCUUGGUUUGCAAUUUCUGUUUGGCUUAAUUGGAUGUUCAUUCUCUUUUGUAUUUUCAUCAUGUAGUAGACAUGUGGUAGUAUCACAAGCGAUAGAGGGCCAAUCCAAUCUCACAUCAGCACUGAUCCUACUGCCGUAUACGCAUUAAAGAUAUA